AUGCCCCCACCACCAACUGAACGGCCCAAGAGCAUGUUGUUAUCCAGACAACUACAGCCAAGAAACUCUCCGCUCAGUCUACCUCCUGAAAAUGGCUUGACUAAUUGCCACACUUACAUUAUUCAAUACAGAAAACCUUACACCACUCAAAGCACACCACAAAAAGAAAGAAAGAAAAGAAACAGGAAAUACCUCAAGCAACCUUGGUAUGCUCCAUCUGACCACAUUGCGGACAACACCUCGGUCGGAUUGGCCAGCGCAUUCAAAUUUUUGAAAGAUUUGAUCAACCUGCAAAGAUCCCCACAACAACACAAACAUGAUCGAACACGACACAGAGUAUAUGUAGGACAUCAAUAUAAUCAUGAGAGCGAAAAUCAGCAUCAGGUGAAUGUACCUCCAAGAAAGGAAGAGUAG